AUGAGGAUUUCCCAACGACCCGUUUUAGGGCUUCAGCGUCUCAGUGGUUCAACUCGUCUAGAUGGUCAAAUAAAGAACGGACUUCCUAACAACGGAGAUCGUAAAUCACGGCUAAAGCCGCUGAUAUUCCCAUGCCGCACAACACAUACACGAACCUUCCCUAAACGUCACUCAUUCGAGUAUUCAUAUCUCCUUGUUGGUGUUCCUGUUCCUUGGAAUGGGGCUAAGAGUGGAAUUCUCUCAGCGGAUCAGAAAGAUACCACGAAAAGCAACGGAAAAGGAUGGCUGCAAAUCAGGGCUGAAGACUAUUUAGAAAGAGGAAGUGCGGAGCUAGGACUUGUCGAGAAGCUCAGAGAGACUCUGAAAGCUCAGGGAGUCGAUGACGACGAAUGGCAUGAAGCUUACUUGGUCACUGCCUCUCGAGUUCUAGGCUAUUCCUUCAACCCUGUUUCAUUUUGGUAUAUCUACGGACAUGAUCAAACGCUGAAAAUGAUGAUUUUGGAGGUCAACAACACAUUUGAUGAGAGACGAAUAUACCUAUUGCGUGCCCAGCCUUCGUCCGCUACGGAGCCCAACGAGUUGAGUAAGACAAACAGAUUCCGAAAUGUCUGGCAAAAAGAUUUCCACGUAUCCCCUUUCAAUUCUCUCAAGGGCUCGUACACCUUGAAAGCAGCAGAUCCAUUCAAUUCGGGAAGCUCGACCGUGAACAUUGACAAUACCAUAACCCUGAUGUCUUCCAAGAAUCAUGCGAAAUUAGUAGCAAGAGUUUUCUCGAUAGGGCCACCGCUUGACCCAGCCACUUUUAGUGCUUGGGACACAUUCUGCUUCAUGCUGCAGUAUUGGUGGAUUGGGCUAGUGACUUUUCCGAGGAUUAUUCGCGAGGCAACGAAACUAUUCUUCGUGCGAAGUCUGCAUGUCUGGUUUAGACCAGGGGUAGCAUUGACGAGCAUUGCCAGAACUGCGUCAAGAGAGGAAAUAAUCCUUGAACGAUAUUUCGAACAGUAUAUCUCCUCGCUGGCCGAACGUGUUAAAGGACCACUACAAAUUACAUACAAGUCAGCUCUUUCAAAGAAUACCAAGGAGUUUAAGUCAGCCAACACGUGUUUGACGCCGAACGUUCCACCAAAGCAUAUGGAGAUUCGAGUUCUCUCCCCAGCAUUCUACUCACGCUUCAUUCACUACGCACACACAUCUGAGGCAUUCGACCGUGAGUGUCUAUGCACCGAUCAGAGGAAUCGCACAAUCUCGCUCUCGAAUCCAGAGAAUCUGCCGCUACUGUUGCCGAAACGCGCAGAAUCUGAAGAUGUCAGACUUGGUGGAUGGGACAGCAUACGAUGGUCUACACUUCGUAGACUACGCUGCGCGCCUGGAGUGCCUGUCUAUCCCAUCAUACCAAGUCAGCCAACUGCAGCCUCGACGGAGGACAUCAGAAAGCUACCAUUCUCAGACAUGGAUAUUUUUGUGCAGCUCUCUUGCGAGAAUGUGGGGCUGUAUCGGAGGACGGCUAUAAGGGUAUUUCUAGCUCAGAGAAUUGCUUUUGGCUUCACUGAACUUCUCAGUGCAGCUGAUAUCCUUCUUCGAACAGUUCUGGUAGUUGGUUGUAUGCCGGCUAUCUCAAGUCGGGGAGAUGAAAGCCAGGCUGACGGCAGGGAAUGGCAGUUGAUGGUGCUGACGGGUGCUGCAAUAAGGGUUGGAGCGGUGCAUGCGUGGUCAUGUUUGAAAGGGGCGGUGUGA